CCUGUGGAGUGGAAUGAAAUCAAUGCUGCCUGGGGCCAGACAGUGUUGCUGCUCCAUGCACUAGCCAAUAAGAUGGGUCUGAAGUUUCAGAGGUACCGACUUGUUCCCUAUGGAAAUCAUUCAUAUCUGGAGUCUCUGACAGACAAGUCUAAGGAGUUGCCGUUAUACUGUUCUGGGGGAUUGCGGUUUUUCUGGGACAACAAGUUUGACCAUGCAAUGGUAGCUUUUCUCCACUGUGUGCAGCAGUUCAAAGAGGAGGUGGAGAAGGGCGAGACACGAUUUUGUCUUCCAUACAGGAUGGAUGUGGAGAAAGGCAAGAUUGAAGAUACUGGAGGCAGUGGUGGCUCUUAUUCCAUCAAAACGCAGUUUAAGUCUGAGGAGCAAUGGACGAAAGCACUCAAGUUCAUGCUGACGAAUCUGAAGUGGGGUCUUGCUUGGGUGUCCUCACAGUUCUAUAACAAGUGACUUAUUCCCUAGGGGAUGUUUGCCUUUAAGGUUUUAUAUUUGGUUUGGUUUGGAAGAUGCUUUAAAUUAAAUCUGGGUGAUAUUAAACUACAUGUUUACAAUAAAAAAAAAA